UCGCCAUUUUCGCUCAUUUCCCAAAUACGGUUACCAUUAAUGUCUAUCGAGACACAGGAAGCUUCUUUCCGCCUCCAUAGAUUCGCAUCAAAGUACCAAGCGUCAUUGUUUGGAAUUACGGUGGAAUAACUUUCUCUGGCUGAGUUUAUUAACAAAAUUGCCCUUGUUCUCUUUCUGGAACAAUAUACAGCGCGACUGGAGUCUGCAACGUAUUCACGUAUUGACUAAAAUCACAGCUGAUGAAAUAUAGCAAAUGAAAUGUUUGUUAUGAAUUGUUAUGAAUUGUUAUGAAUAGAACACAUAACCAGAAAUAAGAAAGAUAUCACUGAAUCGUAUUGAGAGAGAGCGAGAGAGAGAGAACAUGGAUAAUGAAUUGUGUGGGGAGAAAGUUAAAUGUGAGCAAGAAUCAGACAGGGGGGAUUUUCCAGAUGAGACACCGAAAAAUACAGAAGAGCCAUCGUUUCCCUGUGAGGUUUGUAACAAGACAUUUAAUCAGAAACGUAAACUUACUAUACAUAAGCGAUCCCAUGCAGGAGAGAGACCAUAUCACUGUGAUAUCUGUGGCAGAACGUUCUCUAAAGCUGGCCACUUGAGCAGACACAAAUAUAGUCAUACAGGAGAGAAACCAUAUCACUGUGAUAUUUGUGGUAAAUCAUUUUUUGAAAGAAGUUCUUUAAAUAAUCAUGCGUGUGUCAAUGCAGAAAAGAGAUCAUAUCAGUGUGAUAUCUGCGGUAAAUCAUUCUCUACGGCAAGUCAUUUAACUACACACAAGCGGACUCACACAGGGGAGAGGCCCUACCCAUGUGAUAUCUGUGGCAAAGCGUUCUCUAAAACUAGCCACUUGAGCAGACACAAAUAUAUUCAUACAGGAGAGAAGCCGUAUGAGUGUGAUAUCUGUGGUAAAUUAUUUACGGUGAUAAGUAAUUUGAGUAGGCAUAAACGUAUUCAUACGGGAGAGAAACCACAUCACUGUGAUAUCUGUGGAAAGUCUUUCUCUGAAGGAAGCAACUUAACCAGACAUAUACGUAUUCAUACGGGAGAGAAGCCAUAUCACUGCGAUAUCUGUGGUAAAUCAUUCACCACAGAUGGUGACUUAACUCGACACAAACGUAUUCAUACAGGGGAGAAACCAUAUCACUGUGAUAUCUGUGGUAAAUCUUACUCUCAGAAUUAUGACUUAACUGUACACAGACGUAUUCAUACAGGGGAGAAGCCAUAUCACUGUAAUACUUGUGGUAAGGCCUUUACUCAGAAUCAUGAUUUAACUAUACACGAACAUAUUCAUACAGGUGAGAAACCAUAUCACUGUGAUAUCUGUGGUAAGGUGUUCACCGUAGUAAGCAACUUAACCAGACACAAACGCAUUCAUACAGGCGAGAAACCAUAUCAUUGUGAUAUCUGUGGUAAAUCGUUCUCUCAGAAUUAUCAGUUAACUAGCCAUAUAUACGUUCAUACAGGAGAGAAACCAUAUCAUUGUGAUAUCUGUGGUAAAUCAUACCCUGAAGGAAGCACCUUAAAUAAGCACAGACGUAUUCAUACAGGUGAGAAACCAUAUCAUUGUGCUAUCUGUGGUAAAUCAUUCUCACAAUUAAGUUACUUAACUCGACACAAAUACAGUCACACAGGAGAGAAGCCAUAUCGCUGUGAUAUCUGUGGUAAAUCUAUGUCCUCACUAACCAACCUAACUAACCACAGGCACAUUCAUACAGGAGAAAAACCAUAUCAGUGUGAUAUCUGUGGUAAAUCUUUUUCCGAUGGGAGUCACUUGGCUGGGCACAAACGCAUUCAUACAGGAGAGAAACCGUAUCCAUGUGAUAUCUGUGGUAAAUCAUUCUCUGAAAGAAGUAACCUGACUAAACACAAACGUGUUCAUACAGGAGAGAAACCACAUCAGUGUGAUAUCUGUGGUAGAUCUUUCUCUCAGAAAAUUCACUUAACUACUCACAAAUACAUGCAUACAGGUGAGAAGCCAUAUCCAUGUGAUAUCUGUGGCAGAUCUUUCUCAUCUGGAAGUCACUUAACUAAGCAUUAUCGUAUUCACACAGGAGAAAAACCAUAUCAGUGUGACAUCUGCGGUAAAGCUUUCUCCAGACGCAGUACCUUGAUUUCGCAUAAAUACAUCCAUACAGGUGAAAAGCCAAAUCACAGUGAUAAAUCGUCGUCUGUGAGAAAUGCCUUAACUGAGUAUAAACAAAUCCAUACAAGAGAGAAACCGUAUCCGUGUGAUAUCUGUGGUAAAUCAUUCUCCGCAAGAAGCCAUUUGACUAUACACAAACGUGUUCACACAGGAGAGAAGCCAUAUCACUGUGAUAUCUGUGGUAAAUCGUUUUCUGUAAGCAACCAUUUAACGAAACACAAGCGUAUCCAUACGGGCGAGAAACCCUAUCAUUGCGAUAUCUGUGGUAAAUCAUUCUGUGAAGGAAGUAGCUUAACGAAGCACAAGCGUGUUCACACAGGUGAGAAACCAUAUCACUGUGAUAUCUGUGGUAAAUCUUUCUCACAGUUAUGGCAUCUGACUACACACAGACAUGUUCACACGGGGGAGAAACCAUAUCACUGUGAUAUCUGUGGUAAAGCAUUCUCACGCUUGUGGAACUUAACGACUCACAAACGUAUUCAUAGACGAGAGAUAGCAUAUCCUUCUGAUGUCCUGGAGGAAUCAUUCUCCAUAAACCAACUUGAUGAACAGAACAAUCACACUGGAUAAAAAAAAAAACAGAACUCAGAAC